AUGUAUUAUGCUAAUCAUGCUUCCCACUCUCGUGGAAGGGGUAGACCGCCGAAGAAGGUGACUCAAUCGACGGGAACGAAGCAUGGAGAAGGCUCAACUACGCCGGCAUCUAGCACGCCGGUGAGUGCAGUGCGGCCGGAGGAACAAGAGACGGUGAUUACUGAAUUGGAUCGUGACAAGAAAGAGACGGGAAGCGAUGGAACAGGUGAGACCAACGCUAAACCUAGGGUAGAAGAUCAGACGAAGCAUAAUGGAGAUCAGAGCAAGCUUUGGGUUGACGUUAUCAGCGGUAAUAGGCAAACAACAAACGGGAAGCAACUUCAAUUUGUUGCGCCAAAGAUCAAGGAGGGGAUUGUGGAAGUUGAAAUUGAAGAAGAAGAUGUAGAAGCGGAAAUUAGGUUUUGGGAGAACUCGUUGAUCAUGUAUGUGAUUGGAACCAAUUUGAGUAUGAACGCGAUGAAGAACUACAUGAAUCGUAUGUGGAACUUUGUUACGCUACCUGACAUGUACUACAACGAUGAAGGCUACUUCAUACUCAAAUUCAAGAAUGGUGAUGAUAGAGAUGAAGUUCUGAUGAAAGGUCCAUACACUUUUCAGAACAAACCUAUGAUUCUGCUGGAAUGGAGGCACGACUUUACUAUGGCAAAGGAUAUGCUCAGGUCGAUCCCAAUCUGGAUUAAACUUCCAAGUCUUCCGCUACCUAUGUGGGGUGCGCAGAGUCUAGGGAAGAUUGGAAGUGCUGUGGGAAUACCCUUGUUCACGGAUGAAUGCACAGCAGGGAAACUUCGUGUGAGCUAUGCUAGGAUAUUGGUGGAGGUUGAUGUUACACAGAAAUUGUGUGAAGAAAUUACCAUCAAAGAUCACGAAGGGAGAAUUCGAAAACAGAAGGUGGAAUAUGAAUGGAGGCCCCAGUAUUGUGAAAGAUGCCAAAAAAUAGGUCAUGUUUGCUCUAAUGAAAAGAAACCUCCUAUCAAAAGAUGGCAGGCUAAGACAACAAAGGGUGAUGAGGGGAAUGAAGGUAGCAAACUGGUGAAUACUGAUAAGGGAGUUGAGAAAGAAGAUGGCUUACAAGAGGACCAAGAGACAAUGGACAAAGGCACAUGGACAGAGGGACAUACCCUUGGGGGUGACAUGAUUGUGUCCUGGAAUGUGAGGGGGCUGAACAAAGGGAUCAGAAAUCGAGAGAUUAGCUCCCGUCUCUCUAAACUGAAUCCUGAUAUUGCUAUUCUAGUAGAAACUAGAGUCAAGAAGGACAAAGCUGUGAAUAUUAGAAAGAAAUUAGGAGGUCAAUGGCAUUACCUUGAUAACUAUGACAAUCAUGCUAAUGGUAGGGUGUGGAUUAUGUGGGAUAAUAAUAAAGUUGACAUCAAGAGUAUCUGUAGUUCUGAGCAGAUGAUCCAUUGUGCUGUUUAUGACAAAAAUGAUAAUUUCCAACACUGGCUUACUGCCAUCUAUGCUGAUAAUAAACUGGACAGGAGAAGGAAGUUAUGGAAGGAAAUUGAGCAGAUUAAUAGUACUCAGCAGGGACCUUGGUGCCUAAUGGGAGACUAUAACAAUGUUAUGUACACUGAUGAUAGAAUUGGAGGGAAAGAGAUCCAUGAUGGAGAAUUUUGUGACUUGGUUAAUAUGAUGAAUAACUGUGGCUUAGCUGAUCUGGAUAAGAUUGGAGAUAAAUACACCUGGAGUAAUAAGCAUGUUACUGGCACCAUUUACUCUUGCAUUGACAGGGCUUUAGCCAAUAAGGAGUGGUUCAGUCAAAGGUUACAUUGGGAUUUGCAUGUGUUGGAGCCCAAUAUUUCUGACCAUGCUAUGUUAUGUCUCAGGAGCAGGGAUCAGAGUAGCAAUCAUAAGAGGCUUUUUAAGUUUCUUAACAAGGUGACUGAGGUACCUGAGUACAAUGAUCAAGUGGAGAGGAACUGGAAUAAAAAAGGUAGGAAUGGUUCUCAAGUCAAGCUUUGGGAUAAAUUGGUGAGAUUGCAGCCUAUAAUAAAGAAAUUAAGCAAGCCUUUCAGAGGUAUCAACAUUCAGAUUGAGAAAGCCAGGAAGGAUCUUGAAGAAACUCAGAAAAGCAUUGCUCAUGACAAAGAUAACAAAGAUCUGACUCAGGAGGAGAAGAAAAGAACUGAUAGUCUUAUGGAGUUGCUAGCCAUUGAAGAGCAAAUCAUGAGGCAAAGGGCUAAGGUUACUUGGAUAAGACUAGGGGAUGGGAACAAUGCCUAUUUCCAUGCAGCCUUAAAGAGUAAGCAAAGUAACAUGAGGAUACAUAGUCUAAUCAAUGAGGAUGGGAAGAUGCUUAAUACUCAAGAUGACAUCACUGAGGAAGUUAUUUAG